AGAUGGAGCAAACAUGUGAUGAUAUAGAUGAAAUGUUCAGCAAUUUACUUGGGGAGAUGGACAUGCUGACCCAGAGUUUAGGAGUGGAGACUGUACAACCUCCAUCCCCCAAAGUGUCCAACAAUGAAUUUACCUUUACAGUUGGUUUUAAAGAUUUAAAUGAAUCCCUAAGUGCCCUAGAGGAUAAAGACCUGGAUGCUUUAAUGGCUGAUCUUGUAGCAGACAUAAAUGAUGUUGAACAGAGAACUUUACAAGCCCAGAAGACUACUUCUGGCAACCAGCAAAAUACAGUCACUCAGCCUUCAACAGUCUUGGAUAGUGACGUUUAUUCUAAAUCAAGUCUCUGUGUUGCUGUUACUGGACUGUUUGGGGAUGACUUGCCCCCUCCACCUCCAGACCCCUAUUUAGAUCUUCCGCCACCACCACCACCACCUCCUCCUGAGCCACUCACCCAGGAAGAUCGAGAGGCACAGGCUAAAGCUGAAAAGAUUAAACUUGCAUUGGAGAAACUGAAGGAAGCCAAAGUUAAAAAGCUUGUUGUCAAGGUGCACAUGUACGAUAACAGCACAAAGUCACUAAUGGUGGAUGAGCGUCAGGUGACACGGGAUGUUUUAGACAAUCUCUUUGAGAAAACCCAUUGUGACUGCAACAUCGACUGGUGUCUGUAUGAAAUAUACCCAGAGCUGCAAAUUGAAAGGUUUUUUGAAGACCAUGAAAAUGUUGUUGAAGUGUUAUCAGACUGGACUCGAGACACUGAGAAUAAGAUUCUGUUUUUGGAAAAAAGUGAAAAAUAUGCUUUAUUUAAAAAUCCCCAGAAUUUCUACCUGGCAAACAAAGGGAAGAAUGAAAGCAAAGAAAUGAAUGAUAAAAACAAAGAGGCUUUACUGGAGGAAAGCUUCUGUGGGGCAUCUGUCAUUGUGCCAGAGCUUGAAGGAGCCCUUUAUUUAAAAGAAGAUGGAAAAAAGUCCUGGAAGAGGCGUUAUUUUCUUCUACGAGCUUCUGGAAUUUAUUAUGUACCCAAAGGAAAAACCAAGACAUCACGGGAUCUGGCAUGCUUCAUUCAGUUUGAGAAUGUUAACAUUUAUUAUGGUUCUCAACACAAAGUAAAAUAUAAGGCACCUACAGAUCACUGCUUUGUCUUAAAGCACCCCCAGAUUCAAAAGGAGUCACAAUAUAUCAAGUACUUAUGCUGCGAUGAUCAAGCAACCCUGCAUCAGUGGGUAACAGGAAUAAGAAUUGCCAAGUAUGGCAAGACGCUAUAUGAUAAUUACAAAUGUGCCGUGAAGAAAUCUGGCUUGUCCUCUCGGUGGGCAAAUCAAGGGACGGUGGAACCAGCUGCCCCAGCAGGAUCCUUAUCAGCAGGUGCUGUUCAGUCAAAUGGAGAGAUUCCCCAAAUUGUUCGUCGUUCCAGUGCAGAAUUUCCAGAGACUCAGAAGAAAGUGGAUACUUUAGAGGCUAAGCCCAAUAACGUCAGUGCAUCUGGCCUGUCGCAGUCAGUGGUGAGGCUGCAGAAGUACCAGAGUAGGAGGACCUCACUUCAGCCUCCUCCUCCACCUGAGAGGCGGUCAUCUGCUAUUUCUGUUUCACCAAUUCUACCCUCCAAAGUCAAACGAGACAGCGGCGUUUUCCUAACAGAUCCAGACAGCUUUCCAGCACCGCCACCUACACUGAAGAUUGAUUUUCCACCACCACCGACUGAUUUCUGUGAACCUCCUCCUGAUUUUGUGCCUCCACCACCACCACCAGCCUCCAGCAGCAGUAAUGGAAACCUGCCAUUACCCCCUCCACCUCCACCCCUCGCCAGUAAGCCACCACCUCCAACAAAGAAACCUGUGCCACUUCCUUCAAAAGGGCUAGAAAACACAGGACAAGCUGGAGAGCCACGGUCAGCUGGGCCACCUCCAAUUGGGGGUGGAGGCAGGCAAGCAGAUUUCAUGUCUGAUCUAAUGAAAGCUCUUGAGAAGAAAAGGGGCAGCAGCUCCUGAACUCUGAGAGCAAGUGGACUUCAAACCAUAGCUUUUUUUGUGAGGUAUCAUGAAAGGUUGUGCUGGAUCAGGCUCCUCCAGGAGGAAAUCUC